CUCGUCGGGGAAAUAUUACUUCAGUGGUGCGGUUCGCAUAUCAGCAGGGCACCUAAGAGGAGCGCUCGGACAGACGGCCGGGGGCGGCAGAGGAGAUAGGUCAUGGAGUACUUUUCCGGAGGUGCAGCAGAUGUCCCAGCAGAGUCAGACUGUCCCGUAUGCAAAGAGGACUUAAAAGAUCCCACCCGACCAUCGUGCUGCAGCCAUGUGUUCUGCCGGUACUGUCUCACACAGUCGCUGAGAGCCAGACCGCACUGCCCCGUCUGCAGGGCCGCAGCCGAUGAGCAUCAGAUCUUCCCAGCCAAUGACGUGCUGGCUCAACAAACAACAGACACCCAGAGGGGUAGCCGCGGUGACGUGAGGGACAGGCUCCGGAGGUACGGCACGGCCCUGCCCGUGGUGGACCGCUUCGCUACGGUGUCGUCGCGGCCACUGUCCUCCAGCAUACAGGAGCUCUUGCUUCGUCUACAGGCUUCGCAGAACGGGACUCCUGCUGCCCCACCUGAGCCUGCUGCCCCACCUGAGCCUGCUGCCCCGCUCACCCCGCCUACCCUGGCCCCUGGGGUCCCAGAACCCCCCAGGCCUCGCCCAGUGGCUCCAACCCCGAGGAUCAGGAGCGGCUUUUUUGGUCUCGCCCAGUACUUCUUUCAGACUCCUGUUGACCCCCCCACCGAUCCCGCCCCCCUGUUGACACCCCCCCCUCCUACUCCACCCAAUUCAGUGGGGGCCAUGGCCCCUUCCCCUCAGGAGUACCCCUCGUCUCCCGGUUCAUCUUCUUCGUCUUCAGAUGAAGAGUCCUCCUCUUUGGAUGACAUACUGUUUGAUUACGAGAUGGAGCAGUCACAGCAUGUAAGUCCUGUGGAGCUGCUCUUCAGCUGCCCUUACUGCCAGGAGGGGGGGAUGGACGAGCUGGGUCUGCUGGACCACUGCAACACCAAUCACAGAGCCGACCCCAGGCGUGUGGUGUGCCCCAUAUGCGCGUCCUUACCUCACGGGGACCCCACCUAUCAGAGCGUGGACUUCAUCGGACACAUGAACCGGCGACACCGCUACUACAACCAAGACUUCAUGGAUGUGACCCAAAACGAGAGCAUCAACGAACAAGCGGCACUCCUGGCCUCGUACAACUCGCUGGUGCAGAACAAAUAAAGUGAUGUUUUCGCGUCGUCUGCACUUGGCCGUUUGUCUUCUGAAAUCUACGCAGACCCGGUGGUGCCCGCUAUGGAAGCGCUGAGCUGCAAAGACGCCUUCGAUUUACAGCACGAGCAAGAUCAGAACGUGCGCUCACUUGUUAACUUGCUGCAAUAUAUUAGUGAUAAGCCGUUUAUAAAGCCAAAGAUAGCAUUAUUAAUACCUUACCAAACAUGCUGUAAAGCUCAUAAUCGCAAGGUCUGCAGGGGUUUCCCUAGGUUUCCAGAGGGCUUAGGCGCUCUCAACUAUAUAUUUUGUUAGUUCAAUCGAGGUAUCUGUAUGUAACGUCCGCUAACUAGCUUCGCUGGCUAACGUGAAACCUAGAUCAGGAAAAAACACCCUGCGGCGUUGGCCCGGGACAAGCACACCCAAGAUGUGAAUGCCAGUUGGAGCCGCAGAAUAAUCAAUAUGAAGUUUAUGUAGUCUCCAUUGUUGGGUUAGUGAUAUGAGCUCAUACACUGCCAGUGAUUUAAUAUCUCAGGUCUUUCUAUACUUAUCAGGGAGUUAGUGAUUAUUUCAGUCCUGGACUUCAUAAGCAAGAGAGCUGCGUACGAAACAGAAAGCAAAGCUUUUUCUAUUUUUUAAUGUGCAAUAUAUUUUCUAUGUAACUUUCAAAGGCAGAAUUUCGUUUCGUCAGCUUGGGGAAUUUAUAAUUAACUGAAUGUGCAAUAUAGGAUGUCUGAUUUGCUGCAUAUCGAGGUUUAAGUCCUUCAGAUAAGUAAUACAACGAUCUGGGUACCUGCGCUGCUUAACUAUGCACUUAAGAUACGUUUGCACGUUUUUUUUUUUUUUGUUUUUUUUUUGUCAUGAAAUCAUAAAAAUAUGUAACUAUUUUAAUAUAACUGUUAUAAAAAUCAAUAUGUUUAUAUAUGUCAAAGAAAUUGAUCACUUUCCCAUGUUCUGCAAAUAAAUUACUGCAAAAGCU